AUGGCGGCCUCACGGCGGCUCCGCGACCUCCAAUCGCAGCCCGGCAACAAGAUCUGCGUCGACUGCCCCCAGAAGAACCCCCAGUGGGCCUCCGUCUCAUACGGCGUCUUCAUGUGCCUCGAGUGCUCCGGCAAGCACCGCGGCCUCGGAGUCCACAUCUCCUUCGUCCGAUCGGUCACCAUGGACUCGUGGUCGGAGAUCCAGCUGAAGAAGAUGGAGCAGGGGGGCAACGAGAGGUUCAACGCCUUCAUCUCGCAGUACGGCGUCCCCAAGGAGACCGACAUUGCCGCCAAGUACAACACGAAGGCGGCAGCAGUCUACCGGGACCGCAUCCAGGCCCUCGCCGAGGGCAAGCCGUGGCGCGAUCCGCCGGUGGUGAAGGAGACCUUGAAAUCCGGCGGUAGUCACGGUGGUAGUCUCAAUAGCAAGCCGCCGUUGGGCGGCGGCGGCGGUGGUGGUUGGGAUAGUUGGGAUAGUUAUGAUGAUGGGGGUUUUAGUGGUAGUGGUGGCAAUAAUAUUAGGAGGAAUAAUACUGUGGGUGAUUUUAGGACCUCUGGUAAUGGCGGAGGUGGGCCGUCUCGGUCAAAAUCGACCGAGAAUAUUUAUUCGAGGGCUCAGCUGGAGGCUUCUGCCGCGAAUAAGGAAGGCUUUUUUGCUAGGAAGAUGGCUGAGAAUGAAUCGAGGCCAGAUAAUGUUCCUCCUUCCCAAGGGGGGAAAUAUGUUGGGUUCGGGUCGAGUCCGGCACCCAUGCCGAGGAAGAACUCGGAAGGGGAUGUUCUUUCUGUUGUUACUCAGGGCUUUGGCAUGUUAUCGAUGGCGGCACACUCGGCUGCUAGUGUUGUUCAAGCUGGAACGAAGGAGAUUACUUCAAAGGUCAAAGAGGGGGGAUAUGAUCACAAGGUCAAUGAAACAGUUGGCGUUGUUACUGCAAAGACUUCGGAGAUUGGACAAAAGACAUGGGGGCUUAUGAAAGGUGUGAUGGCUUUAGCCUCCCAGAAAGUCGAGGCUUACACAAAGGAAGGCACAGGCUCGGGUUUAGGCUCAAGCUGGCAGCAAAACGAGAGUGAAAACAGUGGCUAUUAUCACGAAUUUGGACAGGAAUCCAAGGGAUGGAAUUCUCACAACUCAUCUAACCAACAAUUUGCCUCUGGAGCAAAAAACUCAUCCGGUAACUCGGCUAGCUCGAAUUCUUGGGAUGAUUGGGAUACCAAAGACAACAAGAAAGAAGAAUCGGGAAAGGGGAAUGGGGAUGGAUGGGCAGGUUGGGAUGACGAUAAAGAUGACGGGUUUGAUAGUUUCUAUCAAAGUGCGCCUGAUAAAAAAUCGGUGGGUUAUAAUGAAAAAUCGGAUUCGAAGUGGACUGAGGGUGGGUUUCUUUGA